AUGAAGUAUGAGGUCUUGUCUUUCAACCCAAUAGAAUGCCAAGUUCGUGAAGAAAUGAGGGUCAAUUUCACAAUAAAUAUACAGAAUAGAACAUGCACUUGCAAUAGGUUUCAAGAAGAUGAAACCCCUUGUGGACAUGCAGUAGGUGUAAUUACAAAGAGAAAUUUGAAAGUCUAUGAUUACUGUGUAAAGUUCUACAAAACAAAAACAUUGAAAACAUUGUAUCAAGAAAAUAUUCAUCAUUUGCCUCAUAAAAAUGAAUGGAAUCUCCUACAACACUUGGACAUAGUGGUGCUAUCUCCAAAAGCAACAAUCCCUACAGGAAGACCAAGAAGGAAAAGAAUAAGAGGGGAACCAAAAGUAAUAAUCAAUUGUGGGAGAUGUGGGCAACUAGAACAUAAUAGGAAGAUUUGCAAGAAUCCUCUAAUUGAGAAGCCAAACAAGCAGAAAAGGCAAAAGACCUAG